CUAUAUCGUACUAAUUAUCCAUGGAACUUUGACCUCCUAUUAGAACCCUUCCAAUUUAUAUCCUCCUUCUAAUUCUCUCCGAAUUAAUACUUUUAUGUCCAUUUCCCCAUCUGCCUGGAUUUACACGGUUUUGUUACUAAACCCGAUAGAAACCCAUGUUAAACCGGUAUGAAAGCAAUUUAUAAUCCGGUAACAUUUAGAACCCGACCCGACUAUUUCUUCUUCUAUUUUAAAACGAUAACCCCAAAUUCUUACUAAGAACCCUAAAAAUCGAAAUUGAAGAAAAUCCAAAUUUGUCUCUUUUUUCUCAAAAUCAUGAGUAAUAUUUCUGGAUCUUCGAGUAGUUCGACAAAUGUCCACGAAAGAGGAAGAGUUGUUGGUGUACCUAAGAGAUGUUGGAGUGGAGAAGCAAUUGUGGCCAAAAAUUCAAAAUCCGACCAUAACCCAAAUCGACGAUACUUUCGUUGUGUGUAUGCAGCUGGAAAUAAGCUUAUGAAUGACAAUCACGUUUUCAAGUGGAUCGAUGAGGCUUUGUUGGAUGAGGUGGAGACAAUGAAAGAGUUCAUAUCAGAGACAAUGAAGGUUGAGAAGAAGAUGCAAAUGGAGCUUGAGAAGAAGAUGGAAAUGGAGCUUGAGAAAGUGAUAUUUGAGAGGAUUGAAGAUGUAAAAGCUGAAUUUAAAUCCAGGAUGAAUAAGAUGAUAAUUGUUUCAGUAUUAGGUUGUAUGAUCAUCUUUGGUCUAGUUAAGCUAAUAUGA